AUGGCGACUGACAAUGAGACCCGUCCAGAGGAUGGCGCCCCUGCUGGAGAGCGCAGCGAGGCCUCGGCGGUUUCCAACGACACGCCCAGCGACUCUCAGCCGAUGUCGGGCACCGACAAGGACACUGAGCACGAAGGCAAAGCACGAAACCGCAACGCCGGACGGGCAGAGCGAAAGCGCGAGAAGAUGAGCGCCAACAAGCGCAAGAAGCAAGACGACUGGCGCGAGUGGAAGCGGCGCAAGGUCAACGCCAUGGGCGACUCGGUCGAGGGCGACAGCAAGAAUCCCUUCUCCAAGGAGGAGAUUGAGUCGGAGGAGCGACGGCCGAAGCGAAAGGUGGCGGUCAUGAUCGGCUACUCGGGCACCGGCUACAAGGGGAUGCAGGUCAACGGCGACGAGCCGACGAUCGAGCGCGACCUGUUUAAGGCCUUCAUCGAGGCCGGGGCCAUCUCCAAGGCCAACGCCGACGACCCGCGAAAGUCGAGCCUCGCACGCUGCGCGCGCACCGACAAGGGCGUGCACGCGGCCGGCAACGUCAUCAGCCUGAAGCUCAUCAUCGAGGACGACGACAUCGUCGACAAGAUCAACACGUUCCUGCCGGAGCAGAUCCGGAUAUGGGGCAUCCAGCGGACGAACAACAACUUCAACUGCUACCAGUACUGCGACUCGCGCUGGUACGAGUACCUGCUGCCGAGCCACUGCCUGCUGCCGCCGCACCCGCAGACGUACCUCGGCCGGAAGCUCGUCGAGCUGAACGAGGAGUACGGCGCGUCGGAGGCCGUGGCCGGGAGGAUGGCCGACGUGAAGGACUUUUGGGCCGACGUGGAGGAGAAGGAGGUCAAGCCGAUGCUCGCGGCCCUCAACCCCGAGAUCAGGGCGGCCGUGCUCGAGCGGCUGCACGUGUCCGAGUACGAGCUCGAAGCGCAGGAGAGGCGGGAGGCGGAGAAGACGGCCGAGGAGAAGGCCGGGGAGCAGGCCGGGGAGCAGGCCGGGGAAAAGGUCGGGGAAAAGGCCGGGGAGGCGAGCAGGCCGACGCUCGUGAGCCACAAGCCCAAGAAGGGCGAGCUCGGCCCCGUCGACUUUGCCCUCCGCGACGUCAAGGCGGCCUACAUCGCGGCGAAGCGCCGGUACCGCAUCAGCACGGAGCGGCGGGAGCGUCUCCAGGCGGCGCUCGACGAGUACGUCGGCACCAACAACUUUCACAACUUUACGGUGCAAAAGGCCUUUGGCGACGCCUCGUCCAAGCGGCACAUCAAGUCCUUUGUCGUGAACCCCAAGCCGAUCCUCAUCGGCGACACGGAGUGGCUCUCGCUCAAGGUGCACGGCCAGAGCUUCAUGAUGCACCAGAUCCGGAAGAUGGUCGGCAUGGUGAGCCUGCUGGUGCGCUGCGGCACGACGCUCGACCGGGUUCGGGAGAGCUACCGGAACAUCAAGAUUGCCAUCCCCAAGGCGCCGGGGCUCGGGCUGCUCCUCGAAAGGCCAGUCUUUGUCAACUACAACCGGCGGGCCCAGGAUCAGCUGAACCGGCCGUGCAUCGACUUUGACCAGUACGACGAGCGGCUGGAGGCCUUUAAGGAGAAGCACAUCUACACGCGCAUCUUUGACGUCGAGGAGAAGGAAAACACAUUCCACGCCUUUUUCAACCAAAUAGACCAGUUCAAGUCGAACCACUUCCUAUGGCUGACGGCCGGCGGCGUAGGCAUCGCCGACAUAUCCCGAGGCGACGGCAAGGCGCAGGAUGUCGACAAGCAGCUGGGCGACGAGAACGAAGACCCCGAGGGCGGUGAAGGUUAG